UAUAUCAUGGAUCCAAAUAUCAUGUUAAUGAUUAUUAUGAAGUUUCUUAUUCAAGCAAGAGAUGAACCAAUGAGACAUGCAGAAAUAACAAUGAAAAAAGUUACUGCAAUGUAUUAUUUGUACUUGCGUUACAAGAAAUUGGAAGAGCAAAAGAAUCGAAGAAUAUGGGUACGACCUAUUUUUACCGAAGAAAGAAGACUUGCACAAGGUGACAGCAACAAUUUACUUGUGGAGAUGCAAUUGACAGAUCCCGAAAAAUAUUUUAACUAUCUCAGAAUGUCAUCAACAAUUUUCAACGAGUUACUCAAGAUUGUUGGACCAUUGAUCGAAAAACAAACAGCAGUUCGAAAACCAAUACCGGCUAGGACGAGAUUAGAGGUGACUAUACGUUGGUUGGCAUCAGGUGACAGCAUGAUGUCGCUAUCAUAUGCUUAUCGCAUUGCCCAAUGCACACUAUCACAUAUUAUUCCGGAAACGUGUGAAGCAAUUUGGCUCUCUCUACAGAAGAAGGUUAUGGUUGAUCCAACUGAAGAAAAUUGGAGUAGGAUUGCAGAAGAUUUCGAACUGAUAUGCCAAUUUCCACACUGCAUAGGCGCUAUCGAUGGAAAGCAUGUCGAAAUUCAGGCACCGCCUCGUAGUGGCUCAUGCUACUACAACUAUAAAGGAAGGCACAGCAUAAACUUGCUCGCAGUAAGUGAUGCCAAGAACCGUUUUAUUAUUGUGGAUAUUGGAGCUGAGGGAAGGCAAAGCGACGGAGGUGUUUUCGAAAACAGCGGAUUACCACAUCUACUAGAAACGAAUGCUCUCCAUAUUCCUCUACCUACACAUCUAAAUCAUAUGGAUUCGGAUUUUCCGUACGUUUUAUUGGGAGAUGAGGCCUUUCCUCUGAGAUCAUAUAUGAUGCGACCGUACCCUCGCAGUAGACAGCUGAAUAUCAACAGAAAAAUUUUUAACUAUCGCCUGAGUCGAGCAAGGAGAACAGUAGAAUGUGCUUUCGGACUUUUGGUUGCAAGAUGGAGAAUAUAUCGUCGACCUCUUGUUGCAUGCACACGUACUGCUGUAAAAGCUGUACAAGCAACGGUUGUCUUACAUAAUUUUAUUAUUAAUAAUGAAUUAAAUCUACCAUUUACAGCAAGACGGUAUUCUAAUAUGCGAGAAGAAGAACACAAUCUCCUAAUUACAAGUACCGGACUUACAGCUGUAAGUCAUAGAAAUGUUUCGCAAAAGUCUACAGCAUUGAAAAUUCGAGAUAACUUUGCUUAUUAUUUCGAACAUAUAAAUCCUCUACCAUGGCAGUUGGACAAAGUUUUAACUAACAACUUUUAAAACAUAGUUUCUCCAUUUAAUGCAUUGUAUUCGUAAAUAAAAUAUUUUGUGAAUAUAUAAUUCGAAAGUUUUUUGCCACACAAUAUUCGUAUGUAGCCUGUUUUGACGAUCUAUAUUUCUAUAGUUUAAUAAUUUGUACAAUGUAAUGAAUCGAAUAAAAAAAUAUUUUAUUUUA